AUGGCUUUGAAAGAACCUAGUGGAAGAAUAGCCAUUCUCACUGCAACAGGAAAGAAUUACGAGUUUUUCUAUGACGUAAACAGUGAAACAGCAUGGGGCAUCAGAUUAACAUCGGGAUACAACUUGACAACAACCCCAUCCACAUUUACAUCACAACAUGCUCUAAAGACAUUCAUAGAAAAGCCAUCAAGGAUAAAAUUCCGGCAUACUUUCCUUGGAACUGAUGAGUUUUAUAACGUUACAGCUACGGUACAAAAUGACGUAACAAAUCCAUCAAGACAAGCUGUUGCUUUAGUUGAACAGUUAAUCCUCAUAUCAGAUGUUCAUAUAGAAUUACCAUAUGCAGCUGAGACAACCACAGUGUCAGAUAACACCACAUUACCUGGUUGUCCAGUAGAUCAGUAUAAUUUUUGUAUGUUAACUGUACCACCAGCUGGACCUACUGCAACUUCAAUCAUCGCUACUACAAUGGCCCAAGAUUUUUUCUCUAUUCCAAUAAGAUAUGCAGACAACUAUUUGUCUGCAGGACCUAUACCAGAUGGCUUACCAGAAAACAGCUAUAUGGUAGAAAUUAUAGCUAGGGCUUAUGAUCAGGUUGGAGCAUUUGCUGACAUUAUAACAAGUAUAAGAGUUGACCCAGCUAAUCAGCAGGAUGUUACAAACAUUUUGGUCAAUGCUACAAGUGAGACUGGAAUUGUUAAUAACUUAUUUGUGGGCGCUGACAUUAAGAUAGCACCUGUUGCUAAAGUACUUGGUAAAUUUCUAAACGAAGAGGCGGAUAGUGCACCAUCUGACCAGGAAAUCAUAGCUACUACAAUGGCUACGAAUAUGAGUGAAGCAGACCGACUGGCAAUGGAACAACAACUCAUAGCCGAGAGAGGGGAGGCAAAAGUUAGAAGAACAGAGACACGAGCUGCUAUGCUAGAUGGGUUUAAGAGAAUAAAAGCCCCUUCACUUGAAGCUGUACAAAAUACUGCUGCAGCAUUAUCAGAACUAACUAAAAAACAAGACGAACUUUCAGAAACUGCUCAGGGAAAAGAAAUAUACACAAAAGUGGAAGCUCAGACUGACAAUUUGAUCAAAACAAUAUCCGCAUACAAGGUUGUUGGUGAAAAAGACGCCAUCUUAGAAUCGCCAAAACUCAAUAUAACUCUAAGGAAAAGACUGACCAUUGAUAUGAAUGAUAAACCCCUUCUAGAAGUAGGUGGAUUCUCUAGUUUACUAAUGCCAAAGUCACAGUCUAUAUUUGGUGAUACUGGUAAUGAAACAACAUUUUUUGUUGCAACAGAGGCUUUGAGAAUGACGAACAAUCCGUUUACAUGGACGGACACGACAGCUGGAUCAGCUCAGAAAAUUUCAAGCGACGUUGUCUCAUUGAGAUACCGAAAUGAUAGUGGCCUUGAAGUACCUGUUCAGGAUAAUUCUCAGAUGUUUGAUAUUUUUGUUGAUCGUACUAACUUUGACACUAGUGUAAAUAUUGUGAGGAAUGUAACCAGGGCCUGGGAUCAAUCUAUGGUCAUACACAGCGUUGAUAUAGAGAAUACAGGGUCAUUGCAUAUAAAACUAGAACAGAUUCUUAACAUCACUGAUAUGAUAGAUUAUAUAGAAGAGAUGUUUGCCAACAUCGCCAAUAAUACAAAUGAUACCCAGACAGAGUUUGCACUUGAACUUAAACCAGUAGAGUGGUACGUCUUUGUAAAAGCAAAUGAACCACCAACAACCACGGAUUAUGAUUUCAACUGUACCCUUCCAUUGUCGGAUGAUGCUUUAGCUGAAAUGUUGUCAUACAUAGACGCCAUGAAAUAUGAAAAUGAUACCACUGCUGAUCGAUCGUCUUACAUUCAUGAACAACCAGAUAGUUAUACUUGCUUUUUUACAAAUAAUUUCCUGAGUAUAAAUGAAACUACGAAAUUCUACAUUGGGAUAAAACAUCUUGUUAUGAACAUGUCCGAAGAUCAUCCCCUAUAUUGGCAUUAUUAUUCUACUGAACCUCCAACAACCACGCCACCAACUACUACACCUAAAAUUUAUACAACAACAUGCACAACCUUCUCAGGAGACUACGAUAAAGGUGACAUUAAAGAUUGGUUGAAUUCGUUUGAGAAAGAAAAAAGAUGGGGAGGAAACGGAGGCGGAGGCGGAGGUGGAGGCGGCGGAGAUGGAGGCGGCGGAGAUGGAGGCGGCGGAGGUGGCGGAACUAAAAUUGUUUGUACAACUUACCCAAACACUAAAACUCCGAAGGUGAAAAAACCCAAGACUACAAAACCACCGCCUGAACCUGCCUACAAACAAGCUGUCUAUCGACUUAGCAUAUUUAGUGCCUACUGCAUUUGGUGGGACAGAAUGGUAGAUCAAUGGUCCAAUGAAGGUUGUGAGGUCGGACCAUUAUCUUCACCAGAUCGCAUCCACUGUUUAUCUAGCCAUUUAACAUCGUUUGCCGCUGGGUUCGCUGUGCCAAUGAAUACUAUAGAUCUCAACGAUUCAGCAUUCACAAAAUUGGACGAGAAUCCUAUCAUAUUUUGUACAAUGGUAUCUUUGAUGUGUCUGUAUAUGCUUAUGUGUAUCUGGGCAAGGAAAAGAGAUUUAAUGGACAAAAUCAUGGCUGGAUCGUCACCUCUACCAGAUAAUGAUCCUAGAGAUAAAUAUCUAUAUGAAAUUCAGGUCUUCACAGGAUCAAGAAAAGGAGCAGGUACCACAGCCAAAGUUUCCUUUAUACUUACUGGAGAAAAAGAAGAAACUUCCCCGCGGUUUCUUGCUGAUGAAAAAAGACCGGUAUUACAAUCAUCUAACAUUGAUGGGUUUGUUAUGGCAGUUCCUAAGCCACUUGGGAAACUAACACAUCUGAGAAUUUGGCAUGACAACAUGGGCAGUAAUCCACCGUGGUACUUUAGUAGAAUGCAGAUAGAAGACCUCAUGACAGGGGACAAAUAUUUCUUUGUGUGCGAAAAUUGGUUAUCACUUGACGACGAUGAUGGUUUAAUUGACAGAAUGAUACCAGUUGCUGGUCGUGCAGAGCUCACCAGUUUUAAUUAUCUUUUCUGGACAAAAACAAAAUACAGCUUAGCUGAUGGUCAUCUGUGGUUUUCUAUCUUCAAACGUCCUGCUAAAAGUAAUUUUACUCGCAUUCAACGAUUAACCUGCUGCUUGUCACUACUUUUCGCCACCAUGUGUACAAGUAUUGCAUUCUACAAGUCUGAUGAGGGGUCAAAUCCAAAGGAAUAUGGCGUAGGCCCAGUAACGAUAACUCCAACAGGAUUAUAUAUAGGAAUAGUCAGCGGCUUAAUAUGCCUGCCAAUCAAUCUAUUGAUUGUAGCAUUAUUUCGGUAUUCAAAACCAUUUCCUAAGAAAGUUGAAGAAACACUUGCAUAUCGAUUUUAUAGCAAGUUUUUAUGUUUUGCCUGCGUCCAAAAGAAAGUUCAUGGUAUGGACGAAAAACAAGAGGAAGAGGAAAAUAAUGAUAUGGUUGAGAAUGCAAAGAAAGCAAGAGCAAGAGAAAAAUCGGAUCUUGACGCGGAUGCUGUGAAAGUAGAAUUGGAAAAUGAACUUGAAAUGUUAGAGAAAGGCGAAUCAUUUGAUGAUGGUGAAGAUAAUGGAAAGAACAACAGUGAUAGGAGUGUUCAUCCACCUCCAGAUAAAGAUAUGAAAAAACCAUCAGCAGAGCUGAAUCCAAUUCCUAGAGCACUUACAUUAAAAAAAGAUGACAAAAAGAAAAAGCCCUUUAGACUACCUUAUUGGGGAAUUUAUAUCGGUUAUGUGAUAUCGUUUUGUACUGUAGCUGUUGCAUUUUGGGCAACAGUGGAAUUUGGUGGCGUGUUUGGACCAAAGAAAUCGUUAGAAUGGCUGGUGUCCUUCUUUAUAUCCUGUUUUGAGUCCAUUUUCUUUUCACAGCCAAUAAAGGUGAUUAUCAUAGCCGUCAUCUAUGCAGUUUUUAUUAAGAAACCUGAGGCCAACGAUGACGACAAUGAUAAACAGCUUGAACCUGGAGAAGAAUGGUUGCAUUCACAUAUGACCGAGGAAGACUUGAAAAAUCCCGAUAAAAGAAAGGAAUUAGAAAAGAUGAAAACAUCAGCACCUCUGCCUCCAGAGUUGGAUUUCCUAAAGACGGCAAGGGAGGAAAGGGCUCAUGAGAUGGCAAUGUAUUCCUUGCUGAAGGAGAUAGCUAUCUGUGUGUUUUUCCUGUAUUUUGUUUUGAUGAUAGCCUAUACCAACCGAGAUCCGUGGUCAUAUAAUCAGUACACUACCUACAACAACAUGUUUAAUCUAGGAUCAUUUUCUCCAUCUUACACAGUUCAGUUCGACCAGGUAAACUCGAUUGCCCAGUUUUGGAAUUGGACACAAAAUGCCUUACUAAAUAGUCUGUAUUACACAGACUGGUACAAUGGUGAUGUUUUCUCAGAUAGCUCAAGUCUAAUACAAGAUAAACAAACUCUACUGGUAGGAAGUGCUAGACUACGUCAACUUCGAACUAUUCCUUACAAAUGUGUUGCCCCUUUAGAUUAUUUAAUAGAAUACUGUAGAGAUGACUACAGCUCUUUCUCGGAAGAUAAAAAAGACUACAAACUAAACUGGGAUUCUUUAAAUGGCUCAGAUCCCACAGAUAUCCCAGACAGCCUAUUCAGCUACAGUAAAUCAAGUGAUAUAGAUGGAUAUCCGUACUGGGGUAUAUUUUCUACUUACGGCGGUGGUGGCUAUGUGGCAGAUCUUGGUACUACCAUGACGGAUGCGUCUACAGUGAUUGAUACACUUAUGAAAAAUAACUGGGUCGAUAACAAUACUAGGGCAAUUUUCAUUGAAGUCAACUUAUACAAUCCUAAUAAUAAUCUAUUUGGCAUCUGUCUGUAUGUCUUGGAGUUUUUACAAACAGGAGGUAUUGAACCAUUUGAAAGAUUCUUCAUAUUUCGUUUAGACCGGUAUAGUAAUGGAUUCAUGUAUUUUGUUAUGGCUAUUGAGCUUAUUACCAUGGCCUUCGUUAUCUUUUACACUGUUACAGAAGUAAAAAAAAUACGCAAACUGAAGACAGAGUAUUUUAAGGAGUUCUGGAACGUAUGGGAACUGAUUGUAUUAGCUAUAGCUUAUGGUUUGGUUUUAGUUUUUAUAUAUAGAAGUGUUAUAAGUGUGCAGAUGAUGAAGAAAGUUAAGGAAAAUCCUACAACGUUUGUUAAUUUCUUCUUUGCCAUUGUUUGGGACGAGUGCUGUGGAUAUUUCAUUGGGAUAUUAGCUUUUAUGGAAACACUAAGGUUUUUGAGACUUCUUCGAUUUAACAAGAAAGUAUCUCUAUUUACUUCGACAAUGAUGUAUGUAGCCAAACCACUGCUGAGUUUUGGUGUUGUAUUCAUGUCUGGAUUCUUAGCAUUUUCUACAACAGCUUAUUUCUUCUUCAAUACUUACAUGUUUGACUUCAGAACAUUUGUAUCAACGUUAGAAACGCUGUUAUCCAUGAUGUUAGGUAAAUUCGAUUAUGAAAAGGCAUGGACCACUACAAGAGUCGCGGGACCAAUCAUCUUCGGAAUGUUUGCCCUAUGUUUUAAUUUUAUACUGGUGAACUUUUUUCUGACAAUUGUAAUUGAUGGUUUUGAAGUGGUCAAAAGUGAUUUAUCUAAACAAUCAAAUGAUUAUGAAGUUGUAGAUCACAUGAUGAAGAAAGUGAAAAUGCUGUUAGGUAUUGAUGUGCCAAGAAAACGGAAAACGGGAUAUUCAAUGGAUCCAAGACUGAACAUAUAUACAUAUAUAGAAGGUAAAACUCCAGACCAAGAGUUGUGUGAUGAGUUAGAUGGUAAGGUUCAGAAUAUGAUAGAGAGGUGCAAUACACUUGCUGAGUUCCCAGAAGAUGAGGACCUAGAGAAAGAAAUUCAAGAACUUAAAACAAAGAAAAAAAGGAAAAUUGUUGUUGGACAAUGAUUUAUUAGCUGGUGUGUGGCUAAAAUUAUGUUACUAGUAUAACAUACUUUUAUGGAAGUUCAUCCAAUUGUGCCAUGUUAACAAUUUAUGAAAAAUCAGUACAUGUAAAAGCUAUUUGUCCUUGUAAUUUUCCUAGUGUACUAAACUGAAAGCGAUAGAUCAUAUUUACGUAUAAAUUUCUAUACAUUUUCUUAUUUCAAAUAAAACUAGUAAAGCAUUUUC